UUGCUGCCGGCCGAUGGUAUCCUGAUCCAAGGCAACGAUCUGAAGAUAGACGAGAGCUCCCUCACAGGAGAGUCUGACCACGUACGCAAAUCUGUGGAGAAGGACCCCAUGCUGCUCUCAGGUACCCACGUGAUGGAGGGCUCGGGUCGGAUGCUGGUGACAGCUGUAGGUGUCAACUCACAGACAGGAAUCAUCUUCACCCUGCUGGGAGCUGGAGAGGUGGAGGAAGAUGGCAAAGAGAAGAAGGAGGACAGUACUCAGUUGCUCAUCUCCGCAGAUGCCAGUUACAGCACAGUCACCAAUGGAAAACAACCUGACGGAGCAGUGGAGAACAAUCAGAACAAAGCCAAGAAGACGGACGGGGGUGUUGCCAUGGAAAUGCAACCCCUGAAGAGUGCGGAGGGAGGCGAGGUGGAGGACAGAGAGAAGAAGAAGACCAAUGUUCCGAAGAAAGAAAAGAGCGUCCUGCAGGGCAAACUCACCAAACUGGCUGUUCAGAUCGGCAAAGCAGGUUUGGUGAUGUCGGCCAUCACCGUCAUCAUUCUGGUGCUGUACUUUGUCAUCAACACAUUUGUCGUUGAAGGUCGCACAUGGAUGACAGAGUGCACUCCGGUCUACAUCCAGUACUUUGUCAAGUUCUUCAUCAUCGGAGUCACUGUGCUGGUGGUGGCCGUCCCAGAGGGUUUACCGCUCGCUGUCACCAUCUCUCUGGCCUAUUCUGUCAAGAAAAUGAUGAAAGACAACAACCUUGUGCGGCAUCUGGAUGCUUGCGAGACCAUGGGCAACGCCACGGCCAUCUGCUCCGACAAGACCGGCACCCUCACCACCAACCGCAUGACUGUAGUACAGACUUACGUCGGUGAUGUGCACCACCGUGUGAUCCCAGACCCUGGACAGCUCAACCCCCGGACACUGGAUCUGUUAGUCAACGCUAUUGCCAUCAACAGCGCCUACACCUCCAAGAUCUUACCGCCUGAUGUGGAGGGGGGUCUGGCUAAGCAGGUGGGCAACAAGACAGAGUGUGGCCUGCUGGGAUUUGUAUUAGACCUCCAGCAGGACUACAGUCCUGUCAGAGAGCAGAUACCCGAGGAGAGACUGUACAAGGUGUAUACAUUCAACUCAGUGCGUAAAUCCAUGAGUACAGUGAUCAAGCUGCCCGACGGUUCCUUCCGCCUCUACAGCAAAGGAGCCUCUGAGAUCAUGCUGAAGAAGUGUUCCUAUGUCCUGGAUGCCAAUGGAGAACCGCGCAGUUUCCGCCCACGUGACCGAGAUGAGAUGGUCAAACAGGUGAUUGAGCCAAUGGCAUGUGAGGGGUUGAGGACCAUCUGCAUUGCGUACCGUGACCUGCCGUCCAAUCCGGAGCCAGACUGGGAGAACGAGGCAGAAAUAGUGACAGAGCUGACCUGUAUCACUGUGGUUGGGAUAGAGGACCCUGUGCGGCCUGAGGUGCCUGAGGCCAUCCGUAAGUGUCAGCGUGCAGGCAUCACAGUGCGAAUGGUGACUGGUGAUAACAUUAACACAGCCCGGGCCAUCGCUGCUAAAUGUGGCAUCAUCCACCCUGGAGACGACUUUAUCUGUCUUGAAGGCAAAGACUUUAACCGACGAAUCAGGAACGAGAAAGGAGAGAUUGAACAGGAACGUAUCGACAAAAUCUGGCCCAAACUGCGCGUGCUGGCUCGAUCCUCGCCAACCGACAAACACACACUGGUUAAAGGCAUCAUCGACAGCAGCGUUAUAGAACAGAGGCAGGUUGUCGCAGUAACAGGAGACGGAACUAAUGAUGGACCUGCUUUGAAAAAGGCUGAUGUGGGCUUUGCCAUGGGUAUUGCAGGCACAGACGUGGCUAAAGAGGCGUCUGACAUCAUCCUGACCGAUGACAACUUCAGCAGCAUCGUCAAGGCGGUGAUGUGGGGACGAAAUGUCUACGAUAGCAUCUCCAAGUUCCUCCAGUUCCAGCUCACGGUCAACGUAGUGGCUGUCAUUGUGGCCUUUACUGGGGCCUGCAUCACUCAGGACUCUCCUCUGAAGGCGGUGCAGAUGCUGUGGGUGAAUUUGAUCAUGGAUACGUUCGCCUCUCUGGCACUGGCUACUGAGCCCCCCACCGAGGCCCUGUUGCUACGGAAACCUUACGGCCGGAACAACCCGCUCAUCUCGCUGACCAUGAUGAAGAACAUCCUGGGCCAUGGAGUGUACCAGCUGGUCAUCAUCUUCACCCUGCUGUUCAUAGGCGAGCGCAUGUUUAACAUCGACAGCGGUCGCAACGCUCCGCUCCACUCCCCUCCCUCCGAGCACUACACCAUCAUCUUCAACACCUUUGUGCUAAUGCAGCUUUUCAACGAGAUCAACGCUCGCAAGAUCCACGGAGAGAGAAACGUCUUUGAUGGCAUAUUUGCUAACCCUAUCUUCUGCUCCAUCGUUCUGGGAACCUUCGCUGUGCAGAUCGUGAUCGUGCAGUGGGGAGGGAAGCCCUUCAGCUGUGCCCCUCUCAACGUGGAGCAGUGGCUCUGGUGUCUGUUCGUGGGAGUUGGAGAGCUGCUCUGGGGGCAGGUCAUCGCGACGGUGCCGACAGAGCGGCUGCCAUGUCUGAAGGAGGCGGGUCUGGGCCUGGAGCCCGGCGAGGAGGAAGGAGAGGAGCUGGCGGAGGACGAGGAGGAGAUUGACUGUGCCGAGAGAGAGCUACGCCGGGGACAGAUCCUGUGGUUCAGAGGCCUCAACCGUAUCCAGACCCAGAUGCGAGUGGUGAAAGCAUUCCGUAGUUCGCUGUAUGAGGGCCGGGAGAAACCGGAAUCCCGCAACUCCAUCCACAACUUCAUGGCCCACCCAGAGUUCCUCAUCAAUGACCUCAUCCACAACAUCCCGCUGAUCGACGACACUGACGUGGACGACGAAUCAGAGCUCAGCAGAUACCAGCACCUGCACCCGGCCCUCCGCAAGCCGCCGCCCCCUCCCGCCCAGCCCCCGGCCCGCACCCGUCCCACCCGCCCUUACCGCCAGUACAGCCUCCCGGUGACCCCGUGCAACCGAAACAACAACAACAACAGCAGCAGCAGCAGCAGCAGCAGCAGCAUCAACUCAAUGGUCACCCACGGCAACAAAAGCAACAACCGGAGCCCCCACCAUCACCACCACCACCACCAACAGCACCACCACCACAACCAUCAUGGCAGGGACCGGCCGGUGAAACCCUCCGCCCCUCACCUGGCCCAUCUCUACUGUGUGGAGACCUCCUUAUAA